AUGGCUCUUAACAUUCGCUUGAUAUGUUUGGUAACAAUUGCUCUUGUAUUUUUUGUUGCAGUUCAAGCGACUCUUGGAGGAGGCAUUGAAUGUGAGAAUUUGAAGGAAGAUAGAUGCGCAUUUGCAGUAUCAUAUGGUGGAAAACGUUGUGUACUUGAGAAGCAUGUGAAGAGAAAUGGUUUAGAAAAAUAUACAUGUAAGACGUCAGAGAUUGAAGCUGAUGAUAAAUUGAAAGAUCAUAUCGAAAGUGAUGAAUGUAUUAAAUCUUGUGGUUUGGAGAGAAAAUCAUUUGGAAUUUCAUCUGAUUCUCUAGUUGAAUCUAGUUUCACACAAAAUCUUUGUUCUCCUCAGUGUUACAAAACUUGUCCCAAUAUUGUUGAUCUAUACUUCAACCUUGCUGCUGGUGAAGGUGUGUUUCUUCCCAACUUAUGUCAAGCUCGUAGACAAAUGGCUGAGAUCAAAAGCUCUGCCAUUGUUGCACCUCCACCAUAUCAUUCUCUUCAAUUCUUUGCUACUUCUCCACAAUCUUCUUAUCAAGACAGUAAACUCACCGCUUCUGCACCUGCACUCUCACCAUUCUAUUGA